UCUGAAAAACUUUUCAUACAAAGCCAAAUCUAUUUCUCUCUCUUUCUUUUGGUCAGGCUUCUACAGAAAACUCUGUUUUCAACGUAUAUUUAUUUAUUGUCAUUUGAUUUGGGACAGAUGAGGGGUUUACCUGGGCAUGAACGCCGGUGGACGUCGGAUACGGUGUCUUCCGGGAAGGAUUUAAGUGGUGAGUCAUCGCCGGGAACUGAUUCCGGGAAUAUUUCCGGUUUUGCUUCGGAGGAGUUUGUUGAAGUUAUACUUGAUCUUCAGGAUGAUGAUACGAUUAUUUUACGGAGCGUUGAACCGGCUACUGUAAUCAACAUUGAUGGUUCUGAUCCUGCUUCCGGAGUCGGUAUUGGUGGAGCAUCGAUUGAAACUCCGGCGUCGGUGACGUCGACGUCGGAAACUCGAUCGCCGAUGAUGCGUCGGAGUACAUCUAAUAAGUUUCGUCAGUUUUCACAGGAGUUGAAAGCUGAGGCUGUUGCGAAAGCGAAGCAUUUCUCGCAAGAGCUUAAAGCGGAGCUAAGGAGAUUCUCAUGGAGCCAUGGACAUGCGUCUCGUGCUUUUUCGCCGGCGUCGUUUUUCCAAAACGCUGUCGUCGGAACAGGCAACGGUGUAGACUCGGCUUUAGCGGCUCGAGCAUUACGUCGGCAGCGUGCUCAGCUCGACCGGACUCGUUCCAGCGCACACAAGGCUCUUCGUGGACUCAAAUUCAUCAGCAAUAACAAAACUAACGGAUGGAAUGAAGUUGAAAACAAUUUCGCUAAGCUCGCUAAAGACGGUUACCUUUAUCGUUCCGAUUUCGCACAAUGCAUCGGUCAGUACUCACGCCGGCGAUCACUACAGUUUAAUUAUAGAUUAAUUACAUUAAUUUUGAUUAAUUAUUUGGUUAAAGGUAUGAAGGAUUCAAAGGAAUUUGCGUUGGAAUUGUUUGAUGCUUUAAGUAGAAGAAGAAGAUUGAAGGUUGAUAAGAUUAGCAAAGAGGAAUUGUAUGAGUAUUGGUCUCAAAUCACCGAUCAGAGUUUCGAUUCUCGGCUUCAGAUCUUCUUCGACAUGGUGGACAAGAAUGAAGAUGGUCGAAUUGGUGAAGAAGAAGUAAAAGAGAUCAUCAUGCUAAGUGCCUCUGCAAACAAAUUAUCAAGAUUAAAAGAACAAGCAGAGGAGUAUGCAGCUCUGAUCAUGGAAGAAUUAGAUCCUGAAAGACUUGGCUACAUUGAGCUAUGGCAGCUGGAAACACUUCUCCUCCAAAAGGACACUUACCUCAACUACAGUCAAGCACUAAGCUACACAAGCCAAGCUUUGAGCCAAAAUCUGCAAGGGUUGAGGAAGAGAAGCCCAAUAAGAAGAAUGAGCACAAAACUUGUCUAUUCACUGCAAGAGAAUUGGAAGAGAAUUUGGGUUCUGGUCUUGUGGAUUUUGAUAAUGAUUGGACUUUUUCUUUGGAAGUUCUAUCAGUACAAACAGAAAAGUGCAUUUCAAGUCAUGGGUUAUUGCCUUCUAACAGCUAAGGGUGCUGCUGAGACUCUCAAGUUCAACAUGGCUUUAAUAUUGUUGCCAGUAUGCAGGAACACCAUUACAUUCCUCAGGUCUACUAAAUUGAGCUGUUUUGUACCCUUUGAUGACAACAUAAACUUUCACAAGACUGUUGCUGCAGCCAUUGUCACUGGUAUCAUACUCCAUGCCGGUAAUCACCUUGUAUGUGAUUUCCCAAAGCUUAUACAUGCAAAUAGUACGAAUUAUCAGAAAUAUUUGGUGAAUGAUUUUGGCCCAAGCCAGCCUCAGUACAUAGAUCUUGUUAAAGGAGUGGAGGGUGUGACUGGAAUAGUUAUGGUAAUCCUCAUGGCCAUUGCUUUCACUCUUGCAACGCGAUGGUUUAGGCGGAGCCUCAUUAAGUUACCCAAACCUUUUGAUAGACUCACUGGUUUCAAUGCGUUCUGGUACUCGCACCACCUUCUCAUCAUUGUCUACAUCGUACUGAUCAUCCAUGGCACAUUCCUCUACCUUGUGCAUAACUGGUACUCCAAAACGACAUGGAUGUAUAUAGCAGUUCCUGUACUUCUUUACGCAGGGGAAAGAACUCUUAGAUUCUUCCGAUCAGGCUUAUACAGUGUCCGGCUUCUAAAAGUAGCAAUAUAUCCUGGAAAUGUCCUUACUCUGCAAAUGUCUAAGCCUCCGCAAUUUCGAUACAAGAGUGGACAGUAUAUGUUUGUCCAGUGUCCAGCUGUUUCUCCAUUCGAGUGGCAUCCAUUUUCCAUUACUUCAGCUCCUGGGGAUGACUACUUGAGCAUUCAUAUCCGACAACUUGGUGACUGGACUCAAGAACUCAAGCGAGUGUUUUCCGAGGCUUGCGAGCAGCCAGAGGCUGGAAAGAGUGGCCUGCUCAGAGCUGACGAAAACACCAAAACAAGUUUGCCAAAGCUAUUAAUAGAUGGACCUUAUGGAGCUCCAGCACAAGAUUACCGGAAGUAUGAUGUCUUACUGCUUGUUGGUCUUGGCAUUGGAGCAACUCCCUUUAUAAGUAUCCUGAAAGACUUGCUCAAAAACAUCGUCGCAAUGGAGGAGCAAGCAGAUUUAGUCUCGGAUUUCAGUGGAAACUCGGACAUGAGUGCUGCAACAAGUGAACAACCAGCUCUCAACAAGAUUUCUCCAAAAAAGAGAAAGAGUACUCUAAAAACCACAAAUGCAUAUUUUUAUUGGGUGACCCGGGAGCAAGGAUCAUUUGAUUGGUUCAAAGGUGUUAUGAAUGAAGUGGCUGAACUUGAUCAAAGGGGUGUCAUCGAGAUGCAUAACUACUUGACGAGUGUUUAUGAGGAAGGGGAUGCACGUUCAGCUCUCAUUACCAUGGUCCAGGCACUUAACCAUGCUAAGAAUGGGGUUGAUAUUGUAUCAGGCACCAGUGUGAGGACACAUUUCGCCAGGCCGAAUUGGAGGAAAGUAUUUUCCAAGACCUUAACCAAGCAUGCAAAUGCAAGAAUAGGAGUUUUCUACUGUGGUGCACCCAUAUUAGCUAAAGAACUCAGCCAACUCUGCAAAGAGUUUAACCAAAAGGGCACAACAAAGUUCGAGUUUCACAAAGAACAUUUUUAGAAGGGCCUGGAGUAUGAUUAAUCUUGCAUCAACGGUACACACAUCUAUCUUCGGUACCUUAUUUGAUUAUUCUACUGAAGAGAUAACAUUAGUAAGGAAUAAGUCAGAGAUAAAUUGUACAUAAUAGGAAGAAGACUAUUUCAAGAGAAAAUACAUACCAAUAAGAUGUG